AUCCUCCACGGACCCCGUGUCCCUCCCGUCCCUUUCCCUUCCCCCGCCGCGAUCACGUCGUCGACUGGCAGCGGCGCACACUGCGGCCGCGACUUCUUUAAAAACUCGGUGAUAGACACAACCGCGCGAUUUUACCCGCGACCGCGGACGAAGAUCGGUGCUUCGACGAGUGCGUGGUAUAAAUUUCGCGGGACCGGAGUGUGUUGUCGUUGCAACGAGAGCAACGUUUGCUCGGUUGAAAAGUGCAAUUCGCUGCCGCCGCUCCCAUUCGUGCGGUUGAUUCCCUCUUUUAUACGUACACAGACGUGCGCGCUCUCUCACAUACACACACAAACACACAACACACACAUACGUGAGAAGGAUCUACGCUUCGCGAUCCACGGCACGAGAGAUGACGGUCGCUGGAAAGAGAUACGUGGACUGUACAGUUCUAGGAGCAAAUAGCAUGCCGGACGCGGAGGACUCGUCAUACGACAGCGACUACGAGGCCGAGGACGCGACAGCGACCACGGCGACGGCAACAACGACGACAACGACGAUGACAACAACAACAACAACGACGAUGUCGGUGACGCGACGUCCGCGUUCUACGGAAUCAUCGCAGGUGUCACAUCCGGCGGCACAUUCGGACGUGUCUCGCACUACCUCCGACACUUUGGCGGCCGAGUUCGCCGAGUACGUCACCAUCCAGGGACCGUCCCCUACGCAGAGUCCAGGUUACAUCGCUCGCGUGGAAUUCGCUUUGAAGCUGGGCUACACCGAAAGAUUGGUACAGGCGGCUCUACAGAAGCUCGGACCAGAUCCGGGUCAGAACGAGCUGUUGGCCGAGCUGAUCAAGCUCGGAGCGACCUGUUCUCCGAAAUUCAACGACAGUUCCGAAGAACAGGACGGCGCAUUGGACGCUGACGCGGGCACGGACAGGAGCGGGGAGUCGAUCUUGGCGUCGACGAUGACGGCGGCGACGACAACGACCACGACGACAACGACGAUGACGACGAACACAAUCACGUCGAUUGAUUUGAGGCCCGUUGUCAUCGACGGCAGCAACGUCGCCAUGAGCCACGGCAACAAGGAGGUGUUUUCCUGUCGCGGUAUCAAGAUCUGCGUCGACUGGUUCCGCGCCAGAGGUCACAAGGAGAUCACCGUUUUCGUGCCCAAGUGGCGAAAAGAAGCUUCUAGACCGGACAAUCCGGUCGUCGAUCAGGAAAUACUGAGCGAACUCGAGAGAGACCGCUUGCUGGUGUUUACACCAUCCAGAUUGGUGGGCGGGAAGCGGAUGGUGUGCUACGACGACCGAUAUAUUCUGAAGCUGGCCGCGGAGGUCGACGGUAUUGUCGUCAGCAACGAUAACUAUCGGGAUCUGGCGCAGGAGAAUCCGGAAUUCAGACGAGUGGUCGAGGAGAGAAUUCUGAUGUACAGUUUCGUGAACGAUCGAUUCAUGCCGCCGGACGAUCCGCUCGGAAGAAGCGGACCCACUCUGGAGAAUUUUCUCAGGACAACACCGAGAAGAGUCGAUCCCGCGCCUCCGUGUCCCUACGCCAAGAAAUGCACGUACGGUAACAAGUGCAAGUUCCGGCAUCCCGAGAGAGGUUCGCAUCCGCACAAAUCCGUGACGGAACGACUGGUCGAGCACGCGCAGCGACACUUACAGGCCCGCGGGCCCAGUUUGAGUUUGCCGUUACCGUCCACCAACGUAUCGGUUUCUUCGCAACAUCCGCCAUUGUGCAAGGCCAGAUCGAGCGUGCCGCCGAGCGUUGUUUCAUCCUUGUCGUCCGUUCCAAAGAGCAAAUCGGUAGAAAAUGUUACGUCAGAUUUACCCGUAACUAGUCCCGCCAUAUACAGCCAGCAAAUGACCUCUACACAGAACCCCGAAGUGAACUGGACUAUGUCGAGAGUCAACAAUUCCGAGCCGGAACCGGGAAAUAUGCAUCGUAAAUUGCAACGACAAUUAACUUUGAACCCGUCGUGCGAUCCGCGGCUUUAUCGGCUCAGACGAUAUCAGCAGCCACAACAGCGAGUUAGUCAGCCGCCGCAACAGCAACAACAAUCGUCAGCCGUCGCUUCUUCGCGUUCCAACAUGCAACACCGUCCGUUGACAAGACACACCAGCAACGAGUCGUCGUAUCCAGUCACCGCCAUAAGUUGGGACCAUCCGGAUCAUCUUCAGCAUCAUCACCAGCACGUAACGCGCAUAGCUUCCGCUCCGGACUCUUACAUGGCCUGGCCGCCACACGGCACCGCUGUCAUGCCACCGUCGCGGGUUCAGAGGCUCGGCACUUCGGAUCCUCAGCUGAAUCUGCUGCCUGCGUCGUCGCAGUCCGCGAACCUGCACAUACCCUGGGGAACGCAGGUGCAGGACGCCCGACGUCGCUUGCACUACCAUCUCGCCAACAUUUUUCCGGAAGAACAAGUGCAGACCGUGAUGGCGCUUCAUCCCCACGAAACCGACCCGCAGCAGAUUUGCGCCGCCAUUCUGGCAAUGUUUCCGAAAAAUUAGAUAAUCAACGCGAUCGCGAAUUACACGCGAAUUAAUCGCUUUCCGAAUAUUGACUCGCUUUGGUCUACGAUAUUAUUUCUUUUCGCGUGGAUAUUACACACAACAAUGUUACAAAAUAAAUAUAUUUGCGGAAGACGAGAUACUUCGGCAAUUGGCGGAAAAACUACGCGUUAAAAAAAUUCCAAUUGAUCGAAACGGUCACGGAUUGAUUCUUAGGAUUUGGAAGCGUUUUUGGAACGUUUGCAUGUUUAAAAGUUUUUACGAUGUCAGAUCGUAAAAACCUUUCAGCGCGUUUUCCUCUUGCUAACCGAGAGCUAGCAAUAUUUUGUGACAGAGAACGCGAGAGAUGUGUGACAAUUAACAAUCCAGAUAACGUAAACAAAGAAUCUUCGUAGAAACUCGGACGUCUUGUUUAGACGUUUGCGUGGGAAUAAAUAAUGGAAAAAAAAAAGAAACGACAACUGCGCGUUUACGAGCGUGUUAGCUUAGGGCAUUAAAAAAAAAAAAAACGAAAAAACAAAAAAAAAUACGAGUGUUCGUUAUUACAUUAUUCGCGGGGAAAACAAAAAAAACGGGUGAGAGGAUCUAUACUUAUUAUCUCUACUUUAAAUACCAUAAUGAACAAAAGAUUUGUUAUCGAUGAUCCAUCGUCUCACAUUGAGCCGAUCGACUUUCUAUCUUCUUGACUACAAACUCGCCAAACGUCAUCUCGCAUUUCACCGAUCUGUAUAUUUCCCGAACCGGGAAAUUGUUGCAAACUUUUUUUUUUCUUUUUUUUUUUUUUCUCGUUAUUAAUUCAGAAAACUAGAACACUUUUGCACUUCGCGCGCGAGAUGAUACUGUGAGUGGCGGUUGUUCGCAUAUAGCGGCUGUGAAUUAUGAAAAGCCUGUAUGUAUACACACACAUGCAUAGUUAAUAUAUAUAUGUAUAUUGUAGCCGUUAAAAAUAAUGCCUGAAGUGCAGACGAUUUUUUAACGUGAUAGGGGGAUAAAACUUUUUUUUUGCACGUACGCACGCGAUGAAAUAAAAAUAUACAUCUUCUUUUUUUUCUCACGUCACAAACACGACAAAAGUUUUUUCCUCUGUCAUAUCGAAUCAAUAAUUCAGGCGUUAUUAUACCGCGGCAUUUUACGUAUAACAGCAUCCCAUAUGUAACAUACGGGGUGUAUAUCCGCUAAUGGAAAAUCUCUUUUAGGAGCAAAUAUAUAUUAUACACGUACAUGUAUAUUGUAUAUACGCGUGCUCCCGGCGAUAUUAAUGUAGCUUAUUGAUAUAUUAUAUAUAUAUAUACAUAUAUAUAUAUAUAAAAUACAUACACACAUACGUACGUAUGUAUGUGUAAGCAAGAUACAAAACAAAGUUAAUUACAUAUACACGAUAUCGUGCAAAUUGUACGAAAAGACUAAUUAAUAUAUACAUAUAUUAUACUUUUAUGAUAGUUUGUCUCAUAUUGAAGAACACACAGUUGUAUAUAAACUUCCCAAUAUCCAUCGUCUUGUCCUAUGUUUCGUGAAGAAAGGUCGACCUGUGUUUAGAACUGCGAGAGAAAGCCAGAAGAGGUAAAUUAGAAAUUCCGAGGAUUAAAAUAUUUUUAUAAAAAGUGUUGGUAAUAUAUGUGUACAGAUAAAAAAAAAAAAAA